AUGACCGUUUCAGUCUUCACCAGCCUCGGGGUAAUCCGCUCUCUGAACGUCCUGCUGCUGACGUUGACUGGCUUGAGCUUGAGCAGCCCCAUCAGGCCUCCUGAGAACCAUCACAGGGCUUCAGCCGGUAGGGGUGAUAACCCGCUACUUGAUGCGCAGGACUUUCUGAGCCAUUUUCUGUCCACAAUGAACCUCACAGAGUUGAGGCCGCAGCCCAGGCCCCACGCUGUCCUCAAGGAGCCACCAGAGUACAUGCUGGAGCUGUACAACCGAUUCGCCCGCGACCACACUGCUGUGCCCUCAGCCAACAUUGUGCGCAGUUUCAAGAACGAAGAUUCCUCCCCAUACAGUAUAACAGCCAGGGGUGUGAGGAUACAUCCCCUGCUGUUCAACAUCUCAAUGCACCAACAUGAGCAUGUAACAAUAGCUGAGCUUCGUCUUUUCACCCUGGUCCAGAAGGCCCAAAGACCAUAUGCUGGCUUCGACUGCAAGGUGACCAUCUACAAGAUACACGAAGCCGUUGUUUGGACGAAAGAGGUGGGGAAAGAAGGGAGAAGGAGGGAUAAAGAGGAGGUGGUGGAGAUGAAGGAUUUGGAGGAACUGGUGACAAAGCAUAUCCAUGCCAGAGAUAACAGCUGGGUGUCAUUUGACCUGACUCAUGUGGUUGCACUCUGGCUGAAGUCAGGGUGUGCAACUCACAGACUGGAGGUUCAUAUUGCAAGUCUGGGGUCAGAGGAGGAAGGGGCUACGCAAGAGGUCAGAGAGGAGGGCGGGAGGCCGGUUGAGAUUGAUAUCGACCGGAGCUUGAUGGGGAAACACAACGCAGAGAUGAUUGUAUUCUCGAACGAUCACAAACUGGAUAAACAAGAGCUCAACCAGAUGAUCGAACAUGAGAAUGACCUUCCUGAAAACAUGGGCCGGAGCCAAGAAGCUUUCUGGGGCCACGUUAAUCACAACCAGGACGAGCUGGACAAACAGUCUCUCCUGCAACUGCAGUCCAACCUUAUCUAUGACACGCCUCCCCGAAUCCGCCGCAAUGUCAAGAGCGAGCCGUGCAAGAGGACCCCGCUCUUUGUGGAUUUUAAAGACAUUGGCUGGGAUACGUGGAUCAUCCAGCCCCUUGGCUACGAGGCAUAUGAGUGCAACGGUGUGUGCAACCCGCCUAUGACCUCCGAGGUCUCGCCUACCAAACACGCCAUAGUGCAGACGCUGCUGAGUGUUAAGAGUCCCGAGAGGGCAUCGCGUGCCUGCUGCGUGCCCACUAAGUUGGAGCCGAUCUCACUCCUUUAUCACGAUAACGGGGUGAUCACUUUCAACCACAAGUAUGAGGGGAUGGUGGUGGCAGAGUGCGGCUGUAGAUAG